AUGUACGGGGCUGCGCUGCAUAGCCAGGCUGGGCACAGCAAUAAUUGCGCCAGAGCACACAACGGUAAUAACAAAACCACCACCACCACUCCAACUACCAAGUGUGUCUCAAUCGAAAAAAUAAAAACUAGUCAUUCAAACGGUCAUUUUUGUGUUAUUCUGCACUACUUAUACGCAUGCACUAUAUCAAUGAUGAGAAUGAUUGCUAUUUUAACCGGGAUCACAAUGUACAACUGUGAUGGGGAAAAGACGACGAAGGAGGCUUGUGAGACGAAGAAAGAGAAAUGUGAUCCCGUCUGUCAAGUUUGA